UGAUAACGAAACGUCCAACUCCACUGGUAUUUGUUACGGUUUUUUUUUAUUUGUAUUUAUUGCUGCGAUUAGUCUGUACCACAAUUAUCUGUAGCUGUUCGAUAGUUCCAACAUUACGGUCUGACAAGUCGUUUAGCAGUUGUUGUGAGCUCGUUCAUUCAUUCGGCCCGCGCGCGUAUUAUGUUCGUUUCGUGAGGUGUUGUGUUCCUUUAAUUUAUUUAUUUUUCGUAUGCAAAUCAUCCAAUCAUGUUAGGCUGGCUUAGAAAAGACGAUGGAAAGAAGAUCGAUACCUGCGAGAACGUACUGGAUAGUUUGCGGGAAAAGUACAAGUCCAAACUCUUGCCUUUGGAGCUGGCGUAUCAAUUCCACGAUUUCUACUCGCCCAAACUGGACGAUCCAGAUUUUGUCGCUAAACCGAUGAUUUUGUUGGUCGGCCAAUACUCUACGGGUAAAACUACAUUCAUCAAACAUCUUCUAGAAUCAGAUUUCCCUGGAAUUCGCAUUGGUCCCGAACCCACUACCGAUCGUUUCAUUGCUGUUAUGUACGAUGAAAAGGAAUCAAUUAUUCCAGGCAACGCUUUGGUGGUAGACCCUAAAAAGCAAUUUAGACCACUAUCUAAGUAUGGCAAUGCCUUCCUCAACCGAUUUCAAUGUUCUUUAGUGAACUUGCCUGUACUUAAAUAUAUUUCAAUUGUUGAUACCCCUGGUAUUUUGUCAGGAGAAAAGCAAAGAGUGGAUAGGGGUUACGAUUUUACUGGUGUAUUAGAAUGGUUUGCUGAGCACGUUGACAGAAUUAUUUUGCUUUUCGAUGCUCACAAGCUGGACAUAUCUGAUGAAUUCCGUAGAUCAAUAGAAGCACUACGAGGGCAUGAUGAUAAAAUACGAAUUGUUUUGAAUAAAGCUGAUAUGGUUGACCAUCAACAACUAAUGCGUGUAUAUGGAGCACUAAUGUGGUCUUUAGGAAAAGUUCUACAAACUCCUGAAGUAGCUCGAGUUUAUAUUGGAUCCUUUUGGGACAAGCCGUUGAGAUAUGAUGUCAAUAAAAAAUUAUUUGAGGAUGAAGAACAAGAUUUGAUCAAAGAUUUGCUAUCAUUGCCUAAAAACGUGGCAUUAAGAAAACUAAAUGACUUAAUUAAACGUGCAAGAUUAGCCAAAGUUCACGCUUACAUAAUUAGCGCGUUACAUAAAGAAAUGCCGUCAAUUUUUAGGAAGGACGGCAAGAAGAAAGAAUUAAUAAAAAAUCUCGGUACCAUUUAUCAAAAUAUACAAAGAGAACAUCAGAUUUCCCCUGGAGAUUUUCCCGAUAUUAAAAAAAUGCAGGAUAUACUGGUAAACUUGGAUUUUAGCAAAUUCCAAGGUCUAAAACCACAUCUCUUAGAUGAAGUUGAUAAGAUGCUGACCAAUGAUAUCGCCGAUUUGAUAGCUAUGAUUCCUUUACAAGAAGCGAAUAACAUUGACUUGAAGAAUAAAGACAGCGAACCACAGACUGUAAUUGAAGGUGGUGUAUUUCUUACUGUUCAAGAUAAAGAAAGUCCAUUUGGAUAUAAGAGAGGAGAAGGUAUUGAUGCUGGAAAAGGUGAAACUGGUUGGAUAGUUGACAAGGAACGUCAAAAGUAUGAUGCAAUAUUCAACACACUUGAGAAGUCUGAUGGCAAACUAUCAGGAGCAGUUGCCAAAGCUGAAAUGGUCAAAUCGAAAUUGCCAAAUUCUGUACUGGGAAAAAUAUGGAAGUUGUCAGAUAUUGACUUAGAUAGUCAUUUGGACAUAGACGAAUUUGCUUUGGCUAUGCAUUUGAUAAAAAUAAAAUUGGAAGGACAUGAUUUACCGUCUGAAAUACCUGAACACUUAAUUCCUCCAUCCAAACGAGAUUUAUAAAAAAAAAAUUCUCAGCAUAUAUACACACAGAACCAUUAAAACACAGUGUUCAUUGGUAAAUUCAACAUGUUUAUAAUAUACGUUUGUCUUCAUAUAAGUUUGAUAUUACACUCUGUGCGUAUGUGUGUUUGUGCUUGUGAGAUAUGAUACAUAAAUAAAUUUAUACAGCACAGCCCCCAUUUUGAGUAUGAGUAUUGCUUGUGGUAAUUGUUAUUUAAAUUAAAUUGUCUAUCUACAUAAAUAUAAAUGUUAAAAUAUUAAUAGAAGUUAUUAAUUAUUGUUAAAGUUCAUAUAUAUAUAUAUUAUGAAUUAUAAUAUAUUUCUUUUAGUUAUGGUACAGUGUGAUGAAAAAGUAUGGCUUUUUCACGGCAUUUAAUU